GUGUUAAGAAAGAGAGGCGAGAGGACGCGAGGAGACACAAUUGAGAUUCUCCCACGGUGAGGAUCUUUGAGCACACAUUUUUCUACCAGCACAGUCAUCUAGCUAGCUACAGUCAUACAAUAAACGAUGGCAACGUUUUUCGGAGAGGUUUUAUCCGUUUACUCACGUGCAGUCGAAGAAGACGACGAUGAUCUGGAUGCUGAAAAUGAAGAUGAGCAAAUUCACAGAGCGAUAGAAGAAAAUAGGGAGGUCCAUAUUGCGUGGUGCACAGAAGUCGCACAAUCACUAGAGGGCUCUGGCAGCAACAAAUUGCAAUGCUCAGACCUCAUCAUUGCCGUGGGCCCUAAUGCUGCAGGAUUUCUGUCUGCGUAUGUGUUGAACACUGAAAGCUGGGAUGCAGUGGGCCAUGCGUCACUAUGGAAUGAGAGGAGUAGGGGCUCCAGUAGACAGAGCAUUGCCCCACUUCCUGGAGAGCCAGCCUGUCUCUUCUACCGACACAGGGACAACCCAGCAGUCCUGGUCUGCCAAAGCACUUGUUACAUUGCGGAGGACCAACUGUUUCAAUGGACAGAAAAGGUGUUUGGCUGCCUCCAGAAGAGAGGGCUCAGUGUGAUGGUGCUGUCGGACAGCCCUGUGGCUGAGUACAAAACGCCAGACUACCUCUAUGGUAGCGCUGUCCCCUUCCUACGCUCCCUCAAGAGCAGUGCCUCCAAAAGCCAGGCCCUCUGCCCUGCACUAGAGCAGCCCAACAUCCUCACUGGACUGCCAGCUGCAGUACUGAGCCACUGCCAAGUCCAUCAGAUUCCAGCUGUUCUGUACCAGUGCUACACUGAUGUCAUCAGCCCAGACUCUAUCACCAUGGAAACCUACAAACCUGUUCUGUUGUGUCUAAGCAAGUUGGUCAAGUUGGAGCCUUGUCUGAGCGCUGACGUCCUCCGAAAGUUUGCCAUAAUCACUGAGGCUCAGAGUAACCUGUAUACUUAAAUGUGGAAGAUUUAUUUGUACUGAAUAGGCUCUGUAUUUUGUAUUUUACCUAAAGGACAGGUUCACUUUAUUUUAACCAAAUCUGUUUUUUGGAUGAAUAUGGCAUUUUAUAGAAGUGUUCAGACACUUUUUUGCGAUUUCACUUGGUUUUGAGAAACGUACCCCACCAGCGAUAGACUUCCUCAUGCUCGUUCUGCAGUUGCAGGGGCACAGAUAAAACAUGAACAAAAGCUAAAAAAACACCCAAAUACGUUCUUUUAAAAACGGCAUUGAUCUCAGUAUAGUGAUGCAGGUCUUUAGACAUUGUACACAUGAGAUUGUGUCUUUCCGAACUUUAAAUUCAAAAUUGUUGGACUCGAGCGAUACUUCUCCGUGUAGCCCUUCUCCGUGCAUCUUUCAAGACCUGCAUCACUAUACUGUGAGCGUUACCGUUUCUAAAAGGAUGUACUUGGGUGUUUUUGGAGCGUUUGUUCAUGUUUUAUCUGUGCCCCUGUAACUGCAGAACGAGCAUGAGGAAGUCUAUCGCUGGUGGGGUAAGUUUCUCAAAACCAAGUGAAAUCAAAAAAAGAAACAUGCCAUUUAGAAAAAAAGUCAACCUGUCAUUUAAACUAAAAUAAUAUGUAAUUCAUGUUUUAAUUUGGAAAGAGUGGAGGGCACCUUAAUUGAAAAGGAAAAGGCACAACACUCGCUCAGCAUUAAACUCAACCUAGCCAUUGAUGGCCGAAACGUCAAGGUUUUUAACUUGGGGGACUUUGCGCAGUUCUGGAGUGGUUCCGACUGACAUUUUCAUGUACAAAGCACUCUGUGAAUGUUGUAGGGACCUGUGCCUUAUAGUGCCAGACAGCCCCAUCUGUCUGCACCCAUCUGUCUGCACCCGACAUUUGCGUAGCGAGUGACGUGUCACAUUUUCUGCCCUGUCCAGACAAAUAAUAUAUUUGCUCUUCCUCUGAGUGAAGGAGCCCUGCCUGGGAUACGGUAUAUGAAAGGGGACAGUCUAGCGAAUCCAACAGUUGUGGUUUCAUCUCACCGUGAUAUUCUCAGCCGGAUUUAGAGCUCUCAAAAUGACAUAAUACUAAAUAAUUUCAUAGAAUUUAAACAAGACCACUUUCUCUUGGUCACAGAUGGAUGAAAUCACUUUGUGUUUAAAGCUGAAGUUGUAAAGAGUCUGCACACAUUGAAUUGUCUCUGUGCUGCUCAGUGGACGUUUAGGAGAACAUUCUGUCAGUUGUAUGAAAUAGUGCCAAUAUUGUACUGUCACUAAGUAUGAUCAUAUUUGUUUUAGUUAUAAGAAAGGCGCAAUCUUAUAGUAAGUCAUUUAUAAUUUGAUUGUUACUAUAUUUACAAAGCAUCAGUCAUUUCAAGCCCUAUUGCUCCACAUUUGUUGAAUAGGGGAAAAAAUCAUGAUUUUUCUAUUUCAUAUUUUCAUAAUAUUUGUGCUAUGUACUUGAGCUUGUGUCCUCAACAGUGAGUACACCUCAGCAAUUACAAAUGAUUUUUUUUACCAGAAAGGUGUGUUCCAGACCUUUCUAAAACUAUACAACAUUACCUGUUAUUGUUUAUGGCCAUCUCAUGAAAAAUGAUUACUUUUGGGUAUGUCUAUUUAGGCGGAAAUCUACAUUUUCCCCCAUUAUUCAAGAGGUUAAAGAAAACAAUUAGUUUUUAAUGGUGAGCGAGCGUUGUGCCUUUACUUUUUCAAGUAGUGUUACAUUUAAAUAAACAUCCUGAAAUUC